CAUCUCAUUCUUUUUUCUAAAACUGCAUAAUAUAUUAGAGAUAAAAGUUAGCUAGAUCAUGAAAGGCCUAUUAAGCCAAAUAAGGGGCUCAGUUUCGAUCUUGAGAGUAAUGUGUAACCCCUGAAGACUUUUAAACAAUAGGAUGAUGUAAUCAAAGUAUAAUAAAAUAUGAGUUAUAGAAUUUAGGACUUUGAAUAGUUUCUGUAUUUAGGGUAAGGAAGAAGUUAAGAAAGUUACAAAAAUUAAUAAAAUAGUUACCAAUUAGAGUUAGUCUUCUAAAGAAAAAUAAGGGACUAGGACAGAGAAAAUGGAAAGCACACACAGACACACACUUAUACCUGCAUAUAUCCAUAUUUAUCCAUUUGUAUAUACGCAUAAAUGUGUAUGUGUGUCUGUGUAUGUAUAGUGGUUAGGAAAAGCCUCUUUGAGAGAUGAUAUUUAAGAAAGAGGGUUGGAACCAAAAGAUUGAGAAUGGAACUAGCUCUGUAAAGAGUAGGGAGAAGAACAUACUAGGUUAAUGGAAUAGAAUACGAAAAGGCCCUUGAAGGCUUUGAAGAGCAAGUUUGAGAAACUUAAGAAACUAUGUGAAUUUUAUAGUGAGUGAGGCUAGAGAUGAAUUUGAAAAGAGAUCAAAGAUGGCUAUAUACACUAGGUUUAGAUUUUGCAGGUUCUGCAGGACCUUGCAAUUAGAUCUUAGUAUUGGUUCUGGAUUUUGUUUUAGGUACUUUGGGAAGCCAUUGAAGUGUUGUAAGCAAGGAACUGACAUAAUCUGUUGCUUCUGUGUAGUGCUUUGGAGCAGUAUAGUCACAGAAGAGGAGAACUAGUUAGGCAGCUAUUAAAGUCAGUAAUCUAGGUAAGAUAUAAAGAGGCAGAUAAAAAUGAAAGAGUGGAAAUAGAAAUGAAAAUUCGCAAUAUAGUUUGGAAAUAGAAAUGAAAGAAUUCACAAUAUAGUUUGGAAGAACACUCAAUAGUACUUGCUGAUAUAUAGCAUAUAAAGAGUGAUAGAAUCCAUUAUGCAAUGGAUGACUUCAAGAUUUUGGCUUGAAGCUGAAUAGAUAGUGGUAGUUAAGAUUGAUGUAAGUCCCAUGAAGGCUAACUAUUAACCUGUUAAGUUCACUGCUGUAUCCUUAACAUUCCUUGACAUUCACAACAGCCUGGCCCAUAACAAACACUCAGUAAAUAUUUGUUGAAUGAGCGAAUGCCAAAGAUUGGGGUCAGGAGAUGAGGAAUAAGGAACAAAGAACAGAUUUGGUACGGAACCAAUAGAUCAAUAUUGAACUACUAAGUUCGAGAUCUGUGAAACUGCAGGUCUUCUUAAUAAUUUUAUCAAGACAACUGAAAAUAACAUAAUGAAGCAAACCAUUUGCAGCUAUCUAGAUUGUGAGCGAUCUUGUGAAGCUGACAUUUUAAAGAACACCAAUUAUAAGGGAUUUUUUCAGUUAAUGUGCAGUAAAAGCUGCUGUGUUUAUUUCCAUAAAAUUUGUUGGAAAAAGUUCAAGAAUUUAAAAUAUCCGGGUGAAAAUGAUCAGAGUUUUAGUGGGAAGAAAUGUUUGAAGGAAGGAUGUACAGGUGACAUGGUAAGGAUGCUACAGUGUGAUGUACCUGGAAUUGUUAAAAUCUUGUUUGAAGUUGUGAGAAAGGACGAAUAUAUAACCAUUGAAAAUUUAGGAGCAAGUUAUAAAAAGUUGAUGUCUCUGAAGAUAACUGAUACUGAUAUAAGACCGAAGAUCAGUUUAAAAUUUAGUACAAAAGAUGAGAUGCCUGUCUUCAAACUUGAUUAUAAUUAUUUCUAUCAUCUGCUUCAUAUAAUUAUUAUUUCUGGUACUGACAUUGUCCGGCAAAUAUUUGAUGAGGCUCUGCCACCCCCUCUUUUGAAAAAAGAGCUUCUUAUUCACAAGAACGUGUUGGAACCCUACUACAACCAUCUUUGGACAAAUCACCCUUUGGGUGGAGCAUGGCAUCUGCUUUAUCCCCCAAACAAGGAGCUACCACAGUCCAAACAGUUUGACUUAUACCUCCUAUUAGCUCUCAUAAAACAUUUGAAUGUAUUCCCUGCACCCAAAAAAGGCUGGAACAUGGAACCACCAUCUUCUGAUCUCUCUAAGUCUGCCGACAUCCUGAGGCUGUGCAAAUACAGGGAUAUACUCCUUAGUGAGAUUUUGAUGAAUGGUCUCACUGAGUCACAGUUCAAUUCAAUUUGGAAAAAAGUUUCAGAUACUCUUCUGCGCCUUGGGAUGAAGCAAGAGGACAUUGACAAAGUGAAGGAGAAUCCCAUUGAGAAUAUCGCUCUUGAUUACCAUCAGCUGUCCAUCUACCUAGGCAUACCAGUACCAGAAAUCAUCCAGAGGAUGUUAUCCUGCUAUCAACAAGGAAUUGCUCUACAGUCAAUAACUGGCAGUCAACGACACUUCAACAGGCAAAAAUGCCUACCUGCUUGCUCUACCUGCUCAUAUAUGCUGCUCUGUAGCUUAUGUAGCUUUUAUUUGGUUAUCUAUCAACUGUUAAAGCUGUAUACUUUUUUGCUGCAUGGUAUUGAAAUAGAAGAAUUACAGAAUGAGGAAGAAGUCCUAAGUCCACCUCUCAUGGAGUACAAUAUAAAUGUGAAGUCAAACCCUGAAAUACAGUUAGCAGAAAUGAAUAAAGAUGGGGCAUCAAUACCCAGUGAAUCUUCAACAGAAUCUAUUAAAGAUCUCCAGGAAGUUAAGAGUAAACCAAAGAAAAAGAAAAAGACUAAGAAUAAAAAGUUCUGGAGGCUGGAAAUUCCAAGAUCAAGGUGCCAGCAGAUUCGGUGUCUGAAUAAGGAAUCAAAAGAAGAGCAAGCCCCAAAUAUGGUAGAAAAGGAAGAACAAUUGAAGGAAGAGCCAGCAAAUCUACACUCAGUCAGUAGAUUUAUGAAAGAUGAUGCAAGUGAUGUUCAAGAAGAUUCUUCAACUGAAGACAAGUUCUAUAGUCUGGAUGAACUGCAUAUUCUGGACAUGAUAGAGCAGGGCUCAACCAACAAGGUAACUACAGAAUAUGGAGAAACUGAGAAGGAAAAGCUUGCUCGACAGCAGCAGCUUUAUAAAUUGCACUAUCAGUGUGAAGAUUUCAAAAGACAAUUGAAAACAGUGACUUUUCGAUGGCAAGAAAACCAAAUGCAGAUUAAAAAGAGAGACAAAAUCAUCACAUCUCUUAACCAACAAGUGGCUUUUGGAAUCAAUAAAGUUUCCAAAUUACAGCGUCAGAGCCAUGCUAAAGAUAAUGAAAUCAAGAAUCUUAAAGAGCAACUUUCCAUGAAAAGAUCUCAGUGGGAAAUGGAGAAACAUAACCUGGAAAGCACAAUUAAAACAUACUUAACCAAACUGAAUGCAGAAACUAGCAGAGCUUUAACAGCUGAGGUAUAUUUCUUACAGUGUCGUAGAGAUUUUGGUUUGCUUCAUCUAGAGCAGACUGAAAAGGAAUGCCUCAGUCAGCUUGCCAGAGUCACUCAGAUGGCGGCAAGCAACCUGGAAUCACUUCAAUUAAAGGCUGCAGUAGACAGUUGGAAUACCAUUGUGACAGAUGUCAGAAACAAGAUUGCAUUUCUCAGGACACAGUACAAUGAACAAAUUAACAAGGUAAAGCAAGGGUUUGCCUUGAGUACCUUGCCUCCAAUCCAGCUUCCUCCACCACCACCUAGUCCUGAGAUACUGAUGCAGCAGUUCUUGGGAAGACCCCUUGUGAAAGAAUCUUUCUUUAGACCCAUACUCACUGUUCCUCAAAUGCCUGCUGUUUGCCCUGCAGUCAUCUCUGCACCUGGCCAACCUAGACCCUCCCUGAUGACUGGCAUAGCCUGGACUGUGCCAGGACCAGUGGGAGAGCCUGUGUCCCCCAGUGCAGGUCUGGGAAGUGAUCUCUCUAUGAUGAAUUGGGAGAGGAUUACAGACAGGCUGAAAACUGCCUUUCCACAACAGACCAGAAAGGAGCUUACAGAUCUGUUACGGAAAUUGAAAGAUGCUCAUGGAAAGUCCCUAUCUGGACUGACAUUUGAUGAAAUUGUUUACAAGAUUUCUCAAUUUAUUGACCCCAAGAGAGCUCAGAGUCAAGGUAAAUCAGUGCCAAAUGGUAGUUGUGUUUCACCCAGUCAUACUCCACCACAGUCCAAUGCUUCCCAGCCCCCAAAACAAGCCUGGAGGCCCCUCAGUUCACAAGGUCCUGCUACGUGGGAAGGAGCCAAUAAUUUGGAUGAUGAAGAAGAAGAAAAGGAGCCUUGUGUGAUUUGUCAUGAGAAUCUCUCUCCAGAAAACCUCUCUGUUUUGCCUUGUGCUCACAAAUUCCAUUCUCAGUGCAUUAGACCUUGGUUAAUGCAGCAGGGGACAUGUCCAACCUGCAGGCUCCAUGUUUUGCUACCAGAAGAAUUUCCUGGUCACUCCAGCCGGCACUUGCCCAAGAUCUAAUAUAAGGGGUGACUAUGCAAAGGAGUUUCAACUCCAUAAUUUAGUUUUGCCUUUUGUUACAAGCUUAUUGUGUGAGUGGUGUGAAAAUGUACACUCCUCAGUAUUGUGCAAAAGAAGUUACCUAAUCUCAUCAAAGCUGCAGCCAAAGAGGACAGGACAAAUCUUCAGGACUGUGAACUGAACUGAAAAGGCUUAAAGAAGAUAGAAUUUUAAAGGUUACAUCAUAUUUCCCUUACCUUAGUAGGUAUUUUCUUCCAGUGUAAACAUAAUAACUGUUACUGUGUAUCUUAGGAUGUCUUUUCUUGUGUUUUUUCCUUAUUCCACUCACUCUUUACUUUCCCCCAUUACACUACAUUUUAAAUUUCUGGAAUAAAUUUAAGCAAGAGAAAAAGUGAAAUAGUAAAUAAGAGAAGUAGGAAAGUUCCACAGAUUUUAGUGAGGUUUUUUUACUUUUAAAACUGCUUACAAAAAAAUAUAUGUAAUUAUUUAAAUUUUAUCUUGAUCUUCCCCUUUGUUUUCUGUUCUUUAAAAUAUAUACCCAUGAAGAGAUUAUGAGCUACUUGAGGGUGGAGACCGUAUAGUGUUUUGUUGUAUCUGGCUUAUAAUGGCUUGUGAGAGAUGAUUGUUAAGAUUUCAGGAAUUUUGUAAGCCAGUUAUCAAGUUGUUGGUAGCUUGAAAUCUGCCAUAGUGGGAGUAUUUUACCCCAUCGAAAUUAGUAAGUACUAUCUAUAAUUAAAUUCUUCUCCUCCCCUCAAGAGCUGGUUGUUAAACAUUUAGCAGCACACCACUGAGACCACAUCUAAUCUUCCUCUGUGCUCCCAGUGUCUUGCCCAUAAAUAUUGGUGUAGCAUAAAUAUUCCCAGAAUCAGAAGUAAGGAAAGGAGUCAGUAGUAAGAAAAAGAGUUAAUAUGCAAAUUAAGUCACUUGUUCAGUUUAAUAAUCGAGAUCCUAUGUUAAUUUGUAAACAUGUUAUUUGGAUCUUAAUCUUUUAUACUUUGGGGAGAUUUUUUUUCUGUCUUAAGUUUCUAAUUUCAUUUUCUGAUGCUGGGGAGUGUGGGGGACUAUUUGUAUGUAGUUGCUUCUUGUGACAAAGUUGGGCUAAGCUGUGUAUCUAAAGCUUGUCACUGAGAACUUUAAUUCUUAGAAGUCAAAAACCUAUUUUGAAAAUAGUAUUGUGUAAAUGCUGUAAGUGUUGUACAUGUCUCUAGUUAGAAAAUUAAAAGAGUUUAGUUACCUCGUAAGACAAAUAUUACUUGUUUCAUAUUUUUCCCAUAAUUAAUGAGACUGUGAAUAAGUGUUUCCUUACUCAGCAACUGUUUGUUUCAGUGUAAAUGUAUCCUGAAGUUAUUUUAAAUCUCUUUUUAAAACUGCUAUUUAUGUAAUUGUAUGCUAAAUGUUUUCUUCUGUAAUGAGAAUAGACUGGAAAAUGUGAAGGAAAUAUCUAGAAAUGAAGGCAGUCAUCUAAGACACAUAAAAUGCCUAGAAUAUAUCAGAAUUGCAAAAUUCAGGACUUAUGGGCCUUUAAUAAUUUUCUUGUCUAACACUUCAAGGUCAUGGUCAUAUAGCAAAUUACCUUGUAAAACGAGUUUCUUAGUUUGUGUUUAAACUGCAAUUUCAGUUUCAUGUGAGAAAGAAUAAAUGUUUCUUAAUUGAACACCUA